GCGCGGCAAGUUCGAAAUCUUUCGCUCGCACCGCGUGCCGAGUGCGAAACAGUCGGACGACUCCCUUUAGACAUAUCUGAUAAUUGAACAAUUAGUUUCGAAAAGAAAAGUUCCGCUGGAUAUGAACUGAGAUAAUUAACAGCCAUAGUGUUUUUUUGUAAAUUAGUUAAACAAUCAAUAUGAGGCAACUACUGUUCAACACGUGUGCCUUUCUGCUGUUUGUUCCAAUUUCGCCUAUUAUACUGUUGUUUUUCAUAACUCUGGUCAUCUACCGUGCCGUGGUAACAAACUUAAUCAAACUCUACCAUGGAUCCCAUUUCCAAGGAUUCCUCGAAGGGCUGGACGCAAUAUGGAACGUGGAAACGGGAAGUUCCCGUUCGAUGAUCAAUUUGAUGUUUUUCAUCGAAACUUCUGCCACUCCGAAACAUGUUAGUGUACCCGCUAAGUUUUUGCACGGUCUCCGGGAAACGGUGGCAGCUAAGCUCAUGGGUCCCCACAAAACGCGUCCUUAUCCGCGACUUUUCUGGACCCGCAAGCAAACGCUUGGGUUUUGCUACUGGACCAACGAUUCCAAGAUUACCAUCAAUGAGUUUGUGCGCUUUAUGGAACCCGUCGAAACGAAGGGUGACUUUAUCGACGAGAACCAACUUCGCGAGAUAAUGGGAAAGCUGAAUAAUCAACAUUUGCUGGACAAUCACGCUGCUUGCUGGGAACUGCUGGUCGGGACUCAACCCAUUAAAGGAAAAAAACCGGAAACCGUGCGAUAUCCUGUUUUGCUACGACUACAUCACACGGCCGGCGAUGGGAUGGCCAUAGUGCGACUAAUCCUGGACACUAUCACCGGCAAUCACAAAGCCCUGGCUGCGCGCAUUUCCGCGAACAACACCAAAACGCAACCCGGAAAACGAGGAUUAAGCCUCGUGCAGCUUGUGAAAAUGCUUUUCAAUGGGCCGACCUUCAUCCUGCGCAUGAUGUUCCAAAAAUCGGAGAAAAAUUGUCUAAGCGGAGGAAAAAUCACCGAAAAUAAAGUCAUCAGCUGGUGCCAUGAGCCAGAAGUAUCCGGUGGUGCAAAGUCAAUGAUUGAGAUCGCCAAGAGCACAAAACAGUUGAUCCCAGAGGCUAGAUUUUCCGAUAUAUUCCUCGUUGCCCUCGCCAGCAGUUUGCACAAGUACUUCGAGGCCAAAGGAGAACCGUACCAGGAGGGUGGUGUGUCAGUUAUUGUGCCAGGGCGUGCCGGAAGCGAAGCGAAAUCCCUCAAAAUUAAAAAUCGAUUCACUACACGUCGACAGAUGCUUAAGAUCGGUCCCGGUAUACAGCUUGAAGACCCUGACAGGCUAGCUAAGCUACGACAGCGGUUGUCGGAAAUUGCUCAAGGAUCUGCAUCAACCCGAUCAGCAUCCUCGCAUGCUGUUGUAUCUCUCUUUAUUUCAUCACUAUCGAGCCUUUUGCCGGCUGGCCUGUUACGACUACUGGUGUCUACUUUCCGUGCCAAUGUAGUGUUCUCAAUUCUGCCGGAAAUUGGAAAGAUUAGCUUCCAGGAGCACGAAAUGGUCGGCCCAACGCUGUUUCUUCCCAACACCGGAAACCUUUCCGUCUGCAUUGCGGCCGUCACCUUUGGCGACAAAGUCCACCUGGGAAUACUGGCCGAUCGGUCUGUGAUACCUUCCGAAGGUGAGGCACACUCCAUUCUGCAGGAGAUUGUGGGCGAAAUUGAACGGAUGGGAGUGGUACUGCAGGACGUUCCGAAGCAAUCCGCUAUACGGUUUGAGUUUGAGUGACGGAGCCUCGAUUGAUUUUCUAGUGGCAAGUGAUUUUUAAUUUGUGUUUAAGAUUAUAU